AUGAAGGGCAAGGAGCGCUCGCCUGCCAAGGCCAAACGGUCCCGCGGUGGCGAGGAUUCUUCUUCGGCGCGGGCCGAGCGGAGCAGUAAGAAGCCCAGCAACGGCGGUGGGAAAUCUGCGGGCGGUGGCUCGGGCGAGGGCGGUGGCGGCAGUAGUCGGCGGAGCCUUCAUCUGGAAAAAGCGAACCGGGCCAGUAGCCGUGAAUAUGAAUCGGCCGCGGUGGGAGGCUCUGGGAGCGGCAGCGGCCGCCACGGCUACGGCGGGAGCAACAACAGCAAAAACGCGGAGUCUUCCUCGUCCUCCCGUGGUAGCAGCGGCCGCGGCGUCGAUUCCCGCGCGCCCCCCGCCGACUCCGCCGGCAGCAGUGAGUACAAGACGCUGAAGAUCAGCGAGCUGGGCUCGGCGCUGAGCGACGAGGCGAUCGAAGAUGGUCUCUUCCACGAGUUCAAGCGCUUCGGAGACGUCAGCGUCAAGAUCAGCCGCCUGCCCCCGGGCACCGGAUCCGGCGACGAGCGGGUGGCCUUUGUCAAUUUUCGCCGCCCUGAGGAUGCGCGGGCUGCUAAGCAUGCUCGCGGCCGCUUGGUCCUCUACCAUCGGCCGCUGAAGAUCGAGGCCGUUUAUGUAGGGGGCAGCAGCGGAGGGGGAAGCAGCCGGCGACGCGGCAGUCGCUCCCCAGCGCUUUUGGACAAGGAGUCUUCCUAUGGGGCCUCAGCAGUGGGGGUGGCGGGGGCAUCUCCUGCCACUAUCAGGCACCCUGCCACUGGGGCCACCCAGAGGGCCCUCUCUCCUGUUGGCGGAGGAGCAGGCUUAGGGUACAGAGACUUCCGAUUGCAGCAGCUUGCCCUUGGUCGUUUGCCCCCACCGCCUCUGCCCCGGGAACUGGAAAGAGAACGAGACUACAGCAGCUUCUAUGAUCGGGUGAGGCCCACGUACAGUCUGGAUCGAGUUGCUGGAGUGGCGGCCGCUGCAUUUCGUGGGGUUGGUACAGGAACGGCCACUGAAGAAGAGAUCAGUCCUGAAGAUGACCAGAGAGCUAAUCGUACCCUGUUUCUGGGUAAUUUGGAUAUAUCUGUUACAGACUCAGACCUUCGUAGGGCUUUUGAUCGCUUUGGGGUUAUCACCGAAGUGGAUAUUAAGAGGCCAUCCCGGGGGCAAACUAGUACAUAUGGAUUUCUUAAGUUUGAGAACUUGGAUAUGGCCCACCGGGCUAAGCUUGCCAUGUCUGGUAAAGUGCUGUUGCGCAAUCCUAUUAAAAUUGGCUAUGGUAAAGCAACCCCCACCACGAGACUCUGGGUGGGUGGUCUGGGACCCUGGGUACCUUUGGCUGCUCUUGCCAGGGAGUUUGAUCGCUUUGGUACCAUUCGUACCAUUGAUUAUCGUAAAGGUGACUCAUGGGCCUACAUUCAGUACGAGAGUUUGGAUGCUGCACAAGCUGCUUGUACCCACAUGCGUGGCUUUCCUUUGGGUGGGCCAGACCGUCGCCUGCGUGUGGACUUUGCUGACACUGAGCAUCGGUAUCAACAGCCCUAUUUGCAGCCAUUGCAACUUCCACCCCCUGCUCACUAUGAACUGGUAGCAGAAACAUCAGCUUUUGGAGCGCAUCGUGGAGCCCCACCAGAUCCACUCCGAGGUGCUCGGGACAGAACAUCACCACUGCUCUAUGGUGACCGUGAUAGAGACUUAUAUGCUGAACCAGACUGGGUGCCUCCUCCACCUCCAGUUCGGGACCGAGGCAACCGAGCAUCUGUGUAUGAUGCACUUGAAAGUCUGGAACGGCGUCGAGAUGGUUGGUCUCUAGAAAGAACUCGUGGGGAAAGAGAGCUUGGUAGUAGUAGAGACCCACCUAGGAAGCGAAGGCUAGUGGAGGAUGGGGGUCGACAUUUGGACCGAUCACCAGAUAGUGAACGUUCAUCUUCAUCUCGUAAGCGUCACUGCCCUGCUGUAGCAUCGCCUCAAGAUCGUAGCCCUGAAACAGGCUUAAUCAGAGACCGCUAUAACACUGAUACUGAUCGGCCCUCUUCUCGCCUACUCUUGUUGGAUCGUCCUUCACCAGUCAGAGAGCCACGUAAGGGGAGUUUGGAGAGAGGGCAGAAUGAGAAGCGGGAACAUAAGAGUUUGAUGGAAAAAGAAAGGAAACACCGCACACUUGUAUCAACUGCCAUCCAAGAGUGCAAGAAUCCAGCUAAAAAGGAUGAACAUACUUCUGAAGGGAACAGUAGCAGUGGAUCUCGGCUGAAGCCACCCCAAAAGCAGCAACAGCAGGAUGGAACCUCAAAGUCGGGAUUAUCUACCAAACUCUGCCUAGCCUGGCAAGGAAUGCUUCUGUUGAAGAACAGCAACUUUCCAUCAAACAUGCACCUACUACAAGGUGACCUCAGCGUAGCUAGCAAUCUGCUGGUGGAAGGAACAUCUGGUGGCAAAGUGGCCCAACUAAAGAUCACACAGCGUCUUCGUUUGGACCAGCCCAAGUUGGAUGAAGUUAACCGCCGUAUCAAAGUAGCAGGACCCAAUGGAUAUGCUAUUCUCCUUGCUGUGCCUGGUACCACAGACAACCGUGCCUCAUCUGGGGCUGGUGAAGCUAAUACCACCUCUACCCAGCGGCCAUUAAGAAACCUGGUGUCCUACCUUAAACAAAAGCAGGCAGCUGGAGUGAUAAGCCUCCCAGUAGGAGGCAACAAAGACAAAGAAAACAGUGGGGUCUUGCAUGCUUUCCCCCCCUGUGAUUUUUCUCAGCAAUUCCUGGAUUCUACAGCAAAGGCCCUGGCUAAAUCGGAGGAUGACUAUUUGGUCAUGAUCAUUGUCCGUGGUGCAUCUUAAAGUCCUAAUGCUUUCUGUGCUUAUCCUGCUGCUUCAUACAACUCCCCCCUCCUCCAGUGUCUGCCAGGUGCUAAGCCUUAGCCAACAC